AUGGACCAGAACUCGUCUGGCCCCCAGAGCAAAGAGACAGCAGCUCCCAACAGCAGGCAAAAUGAAACCCCGGCCUCUCAGAAAAUGACCUCAAGCUUCCUAGAUGGCACCCAAGGUCAGAAGGCCCCCACACAAGCACCCAUCCCUAUCAUCCACACUCGAAAAUUAAGCAGCGCGGACCCGUCAACAUCCACACCCAUGCCCCGAAGGGUUAGCAUCCAGGAACCGCCAGCAUCCAUCUUUACCCCUCGCAGGGUCAGUGCACAGAGCUCAUCAACCCCAUCUAUCAUUCUCCCGCGAAGGUUAAGUACUCAAGAGACCCUUCCUCAGAGUCUCCAGUCCUCUACACAAGACAUACAGUCUGUGGCCUACAAUCGAUGGCUCAGUUCCAGAGAGAUGGCCUCCCUUUACCAUGACCGCCGGCUGGGCAUCCUAAGCUCUCAUGCCCUGUCCAGUGCCCAGUCAGAACUCCGCAGCUCACCAAUGGAAACUGAAAGCCACCCCUCCACAGCCCAGUCAUACAGCCUCAGCAGAAAACAAAUGCGGCCCAGUGUGGAUGUCCCCCCCUCCAUAACCCAGAGCCCACAGGCCAGCGUCAGAAGUUUCGAGUCCUUUGUCUGGGACUCCAAGGAGAGCUCGAGAGAGUUUUCAGACGACUCUAUCUCCAAUCACAGUACUCUAGACAGCUCCUCGAAACUGUCCAGCAUUUCCGUAACAAUGACCCCUACUAGGACUCAGAGCAAAUGCUGGACACUGCUUCCCGUAGGGUGGAGGCUGUUGCUGGAAGCCAAGAAGAUCAGCAGGCACCUCAGCCUGGUGCUGACUGCGGCCGGCAUGGUGAUGCUCAGCCUCAUCGCAUUGUGGAAACCCUGGAUCCACUUCCAAGUGCCUCUAGUACCCCCAGGGGACCCUGCUGGCCCCCAAACCAUCCCCAUCGACACCAUCUUCUUCAUGCGCUGCCCUGACAUCUCCUGCAUGAAUGAAUACGAUAAGAAUGCGUAUUUGUUGGACAUGGCCUGGGCCUGCCUCCUCAUCUCCGGCGUCAUGAGCUUCUGCGUGUGCAUGGGUCUCAUCAGCACCAUAUUCUUCCCUAGCACUAACCUGCCCUUGAUGGACUUCUCUCUCUUCAUCUGCAGUCUCAUGACAGGGAUCAACAUCAUCCUGGGGGUGCUGUUCUACCUGAUGCAAGCCCGGAAGUUCCUCCAGGAAGGCAUGACCUACACACUGGGAAGCAGCUUCUACCUUGCCUGGAUCAAUGUUUUCUUCUUCUUCAUGACUGGUCUCUUCUCCUAUCUGAACUACAUCAACUUCUGGUCCAUCCUGUCACUCCAGGCCACAUGGUCGUAA